CAGCUGGUGUGAGAGUAGAGAGGGUGAGUGGGCUGCCUGGGUCACCUGCCACGCCCACCCCAGCUGCCCAGCGCUGGUAUAUAAAGGCAGCCUCGCCAUCUACCAUCACCAGUGGAACUCAUCCUUCGACAAACUAACCACCAUGAAGGCAGUGAUUUUGAUUCUCUCUGUGGCGGUGGCGGCCUGGGCAGCUCCCCAGGGCGGCUAUAACUACCAGGAACCCCAGUAUCCAGACACCCCCGCCCAGUACAACUUCCAGUGGGACGUCAACGAUGAUUAUUCCGGGAAUUUUUACGGCCACAAGGAGCAGAGGGACGGUGACAACACCCAGGGCAGUUACUACGUCAGGUUACCUGAUACUCGCCUCAUGCGGGUUGAUUACUACGUUGACGCCUACGGCUUCCACCCCACCGUGACCUUCGAGGGCGAGGCCCAGUACCCCAGUGUUCCUAGCAAGGUAUAUGGGCAGCCUACCCCUAGCCCAGUGUAUGGGCAGCCAGGGAAAUAAACAGAGUGGAGUCCAUAUCACCCAUUACCAUCAAUAUUCAUUAUUUUCACCCUUCCUUCCUUCCUUCCUUCCUUCCUUCCUUCCUUCCUUCCUUCCUUCCUUCCUCCCUCCCUUCUUUCCUUCCUUCUUUCCUUCCCUCCCUCCUUUCUCCCUUCCCGUUCUGAUUCUUCUCAUGUUUACGAAGAGCUUGCCAUGACAAGUUCCUCUCGCCACCUCGAGUCUUGGCAUCUCCUGAUGCUGGUUCCACCUCCUGAAGGACUCUAGAAGACUCUGCAUACCCACUACCCCAUAUGUUCCCACUUACCACUGCUUCGUGGUGAUGUCUGCUGUUAUCUGUGAUGUCUGCUGUUACCUGUGAUGUCUGCUGUUACCUGUGAUGUCUGCUGUUGCCUGUGAUGUCUGCUGUUGCCUGUGACGUCUGCUGUUGCCUGUGAUGUCCGCUGUUGCCUGCCUUUCCCAAGUCACAUGCGUCUGCUAGUUAACUCCCUACUGACAGUCACAAUAUAAACUACUGACUGUCACAACGAAUUGCUGAUAGUCACACCACUCUUCGCUCUUCACCUCUAUAAAUAUAUAAUAUAUGUAUUUUUAUACCGAGAACAAAUGAAUAUUUUGUAAA